AAGAAAAGAACAGAAACUUUGAGAUAAGCUUUGCUAACUGCAGCUGUGCAUAUUCAGCAUAAUCAACUAUUGUUUAAAACUAACCAGGUCUUUCUGUCCCUCCUUUGUCUAUGAGUGAGUUGUCUUUCCCAGGAAGUCAAGGUCCAGACGUCAGGAUUCAGCCUCACAAAGUCAAAUGCAGGUGAAGAUGAAAACUAACUAGAAAAGUCCAAACAGUCAAGGGAAAAGAAAUUCAGUCUUCAAGGCCAACACAGAAACAGACUGCACUUCUCAAUGUCAAGUCAUUCCUAGGACUCUCUUCAGAUCCGGAUCUCAAGUCUCCACGGAGUUGGUGAGCCUGUUACUGAAAGGAACCAACUCUCAAUCCUUCAGACCCCUGAGGGGGGAAAUCUGCCAAUAAAUACUGAAAUUACUUGGAAUGCAAACAGCCAGAAGAAAAUGAUGAGAAGUACAAGGUCAUAUAAUAACAAAAGAAUAAGGCAUCAAGACUUGGCCAUUGGUGGGUAACGAACGAUCUGUUGGUUCUUCCAAGCCUCACUAUUCUUGACUCUGUUCUUUCCCUCUGACCAGGAACUCCCUCCCUUGCCGUCUAAGACUCAUGUCCGGUCCCCACACAGGUACCACCCCCACCCCCAGCUUUUCUUUCCCUCUCGUCUCUCUGGACCAUCACCCUAGCCAUCCUGACCAAUUUUCUCCCCAGCCAACUCCCCCCUCCUUUCUGAAUCCUGUCAGGGUCUCAGAGAUGGCUAAUAUGGCUGCUUCUACAGUCUCAACACAGUCACUUCUCUCUCCCAAGCUAUUCUGUCUCUGGUUCCCUAUUCUACAUAUGGGUCAAAUUCUCCAUUUUUGGCGUUGGUGUCAGUCUCUACCAGCCUCUGUCUUGGGCCGUAUAUCUGUUGCAGGUGAGGCUACUUGACUUCCCCUUUUCCUUAUCUCUGGCCUCUGAAACUCACCACCCACUUUAACAGAUUAUGGCAUUGUACAGCUAAGACAGAAUGCCUCAGACAACUUCUGUGGAAGGCGCCACUUUGGCAGGAGGAAUGACAGGGAAACAGGUAUAGGGCGUGUGUAUGUUGGAGCAAACAGAAGUAGCCCUGACCGCUGAAGUGGUGAAGGACUGGGGAGUUUCCAACUUGGGCCCUUGAAGGGUAACAGGAGCGCUCCAGGCUGCAGCAGCCGGUGCCCCACACACUCCGUCAGGCCCCUGCCCUGCCCACAGUGGAAGCCCCGAGCCACAGGUCCCACUUUUGGUCAGCCCAUGCCUCACUCUGGCCCUCCCUCCAGGGCGGGGUCUGAUAGAGGCAUAAAGCUCCAGAAGGAGUCGGAGACAAAGGCUGGCAGCAGAGACGAGCCCUGGCACAGAGCCAUGGGGCGAGCGACCCUGGCCCUCAGCUGGGCCGCUGCUGCCAUCCUGGCACUGCAGAUGGUGGCCGCGGCAGAGCGCUCGCCAUGGACCCUGCGCGGCAGGGGCGAUGUGUUCGCAGACCUGAGCGCGCAAGAGCUGAAGGCCGUGCGCAGCUUCCUCUGGUCCCAGAAAGAGCUGAGGCUGGAGCCCUCCAGAGUGUUGACCAUAGCCAAGAACUCCGUGUUCCUCAUUGAGAUGCUGCUGCCCAAGAAGCAACGGGUGCUGAAAUUUCUGGAUAAAGGUGAAAGGCGUCCAGCUAGGGAGGCCCGUGCCGUCAUCUUCUUUGGAGCCCAAGAGCAUCCCAACAUCACCGAGUUUGCUGUGGGGCCCCUCCCAGAGCCCUACUACAUGCGCAAACUGCCCUCCAAGCGUGGACACCCGGCCUCCUGGGCCUCCAGGCCCAUCUCUGCGGUGGAGUAUGUCCUCCUGAGCCACGCCCUGCGGGAGCUCACCAAACCCCUGCACCAAUUUUUCCUGGAUACCACAGGCUUCUCGUUCAAAGACUGCCACACCCGAUGCCUGACUUUCACAGACGUGGCUCCCCGUGGCCUGGCCUCUGGCCAGCGCCGCACUUGGUUUAUCUUACAGCGCUAUGUAGAAGGCUACUUCUUGCACCCCACUGGGCUGGAGCUCCUCGUGGAUCAUGGAAGCACAAAUGCCCAAGACUGGACAGUGGAGCAGGUCUGGUACAACGGGAAGUUCUAUCAGAGCCCAGAAGAACUGGCUCAGAAGUAUAAUGAUGGAGAGGUGGCUGUGGCGGUCCUAGAGGACCCACUUCCCAAGGGCAAGAGGGGAGAGAACAUAGAGGAGCCACCCCUCUUCUCCUCCUACAAGCCACGUGGGGACUUCCCCACCCCCAACACUGUGCACGGCCCCCGCCUGGUCCAGCCCCAAGGCCCUCGCUACAGGCUGGAGGGCAACACUGUGCUCUAUGGGGGCUGGAGCUUCGCCUUCAGGCUGCGCUCCUCCUCGGGGCUGCAGGUCCUGAACGUGCACUUUGGCGGGGAGCGUGUAGCCUAUGAGGUGAGCGUGCAAGAGGCAGCCGCGCUCUACGGAGGACACACACCCGCGGGCAUGCAGACCAAGUACACUGACGUGGGCUGGGGCUUAGGGAGCGUCAGUCACGAGUUAGCCCCUGGCAUCGACUGCCCAGAGACGGCCACCUUCCUGGAUGCCCUGCACCACUACGAUGCUGAUGACCCCAUCCACUACCCCCGAGCCCUCUGUCUCUUUGAGAUGCCCACGGGGGUGCCCCUUCGGCGGCACUUCGAUUCCAACUUCAACGGUGGCUUCAACUUCUACGCAGGGCUCCAGGGCCAGGUGCUGGUGCUGCGAACGACUUCAACAGUCUAUAAUUAUGACUAUAUCUGGGACUUCAUCUUCUACCCCAACGGAGUGAUGGAGGCCAAGAUGCACGCCACCGGCUACGUCCACGCCACCUUCUACACCCCCGAGGGGCUGCGCCACGGGACCCGCCUGCACACGCACCUGCUUGGCAACAUGCACACUCACUUGGUGCAUUACCGCGUGGACCUGGAUGUGGCAGGCACCAAGAAUAGCUUCCAGACCCUGCGGAUGAAGCUAGAAAACAUCACCAACCCCUGGAGCCCGAGACACCGCCUGGUCCAGCCGACUCUAGAGCAGACGAGGUACUCGCGGGAGCGCCAGGCGGCCUUCCGCUUUGGACGGACUCUGCCCGAGUACCUGCUCUUUACCAGCCCCAAGGAGAACCGCUGGGGCCACAGGCGCAGCUACAGACUGCAGAUCCACUCCAUGGCCCACCAAGUGCUGCCCCCGGGCUGGCAUGAGGAGCGGGCUGUCACCUGGGCCAGGUACCCCCUGGCAGUGACCAAGUACCGGGAGGCGGAGCUGUGCAGCAGCAGCAUCUAUAACCAGAACGACCCCUGGGACCCGCCUGUGGUCUUUGAGAAGUUUCUUCACAACAACGAGAACAUUGAAAAUGAGGACUUGGUGGCCUGGGUCACAGUGGGCUUCCUGCACAUCCCCCACUCAGAGGACAUCCCCAACACAGCCACACCGGGAAACUCCGUGGGCUUCCUGCUCCGCCCCUUCAACUUCUUCCCGGAGGACCCAUCCUUGGCAUCCAGAGACACUGUGAUCGUGUGGCCUCGGGACAACGGCCCCAACUACGUCCAGCGCUGGAUCCCUGAGGAGGAUGGGGACUGCCUGAUGCCCACCCCUUUCAGCUACAAUGGAACCUACAGGCCUGUGUGAAGGGCUCCCUGCCCCCAACUAACUCUUACCUAGAAGCCCAUCACCCCCCAGGGAUGGAUAAUAAACCCCUCACGCUCA